AUGAAAGGCAGAAUAUCACAAGCGAAUGGCAGUCCUUAUGAUAUUGAAACAACGCUGGCUGCAACCAAAAAGCUCGACGAACUCAUCGCGAAGAUAAAAGCUGGCUACGUCAGUUUCAAGCCCGCCAAGCCUAUGGAUCUCAGGGGCAGGGCUGAUGUUAGGUUUCGCCGAGAACGCUUCACCCUUCUCUCCGUUCCCAAGUAUUUGUUGGAGACAACCGAGUCCAUUGCUCGUACGAGGCUGGCGCACCUGAGGACCUCGGCGACACUCUGGCUGCCUCUCAAGAACCCUUCGCCCUGGGACGCAUUGGCCAAUCAAGAUCCCAGGGCCGCAGCGAAUGGCACAGAUGCCCGAUCCCGAGUCCUUGGCGAGGAUGCCCCACCCAACUUUUUCGAGCUGCCUCCCGGAGGGACCUCGACCGAGCCCUUCGAGGAGCGAUCCUGUUCCCCACCAUCAGGCCUCCAGGAGCCGCAAGCCGAACUUCAACAUGGUCGGACCACGGGGAAUUGCGAGUGCCCUGUGGCCUCGCCUUGGGAGUCGGUCCAGUAUCGCGCUGCCUGUUCGACGAAGCAAAAGACCACCCUGUGGUCAUCACACGUAAAAUCCAUCGAAUCCGUCUUCCCCCGCCCGACCUACAAGUACUAUAAUGAGUUCGACCCGGUCGUCUCGACGUACGAGAACUUCGACUCGCUGGGCUUCCCCCCGGACCACCCCGGCCGCGCCCGCACCGACACCUACUACAUCAACAAGGACACCCUCCUACGAACCCACACCAGCGCGCACGAGGCCGGAGCUCUUCCGGGCGAGCGCGAGCGGCGGAUGGAGGGUGCGCGCGUGUGGGACCGCACCAAGGUGCCCAACGGGGACCUGGCCGCCGCCGUGCUCGCCGACCUCGACCAGCUCCCCAAGCACAACAUGAAAGUCGAGGACCCCAACCCGCCCUUCCACCCGGAACGCAACCCCCUCCAGGCGGAGCACCACACCCCGGCCGAGGCAGCCGCCGUCGCAGCCCACCUCAAACGCUCCCUCGAGCUCAUGCAGGCGCUGCACGCCAACGCGGGGCGCCCGUCCCAGAUGGGCUGGGCGUUUGGCAUCGGCCUGGAGCGCAUCGCCAUGCUGCUGUUCCGCGUCCCGGAUAUCCGCCUGUUUUGGUCGCGGGAUGAGCGGUUCCUGGCGCAGUUUCAGGGGCUGGAGGAUGCCGGGUUGGAGGGUUUGAGGCUGUUUGUGCCGUUUAGUAAGUACCCGGCUUGUUAUAAGGAUGUGUCGUUUUGGUUGGGGGGUGGUGGUGGUACUGGUGGUGAAGGGGGGGCGGAGUGGCAUGAGAAUGAUUUGAUGGAGGUGGUGAGGGAUGCGGCGGGGGAUUGUGUUGAGGAUGUGAGUCUGGUGGAUGAGUUCACGCAUCCGAAGACGGGCCGGAGGAGUAUGUGUUAUCGGAUCAAUUAUCGGAGUCUGGAGAAGACGUUGACGAACACGGAGACGAAUGAGAUGCAUGAUAGGGUGGUUAAGGGGUUGGUGGGGAGGUUAGGGGUCGAGAUUAGGUAG